AUGCCGGGGACAGUGGCAGACGGACCUACGGUCUCCAUGUCUUUUGCCAACAAUUUUUGGGGCAAAGAUGAUGCAGGACUUCAACCAAUGUUGGACCGCGUGCAUGGUUCAAAAAUUACCAAUGACGAAUUGAAGGUUUUCUACAACAUUCGAGCCUCUAUUGAAGAUGAAUACGCGCGCAAGCUCCAAUCUCUGUGUCGCAAGAGUCUGGGAUCAAACGAGACAGGUUCGCUCCGAGCCUCACUCGAUGUGGUUCGCGGCGAGACCGAAGCGAUCGCCAAGGCACAUGCAGCGAUAGCGGGACAAAUGAAGACCGAAUUGGAGGAGCCACUUGCUGCUUUCGCUAGUGGUAUUAAGGAGCGACGAAAGAUCAUUCAACAGUGCAUUGAGCGCUUACACAAGACUAAGAUGCAACAGACACAGCUUGUCAAUAAAACUCGUGAUCGUUACGAGCAGGACUGUCUCCGCAUCAAAGGAUACCUCGCGCAGGGCCACAUGGUCAUGGGCCAGGAAGAGCGCAAGAAUAAGGCCAAGCUGGAGAAGACCCAGAUCCAGCUGGCGUCAAAUAGCCAGGAAUACGAAGCAGCCGUCAAGCAACUCGAAGAGACAACUGGACGCUGGAAUAAGGAAUGGAAGUCAGCAUGCGACAAAUUUCAAGAUUUGGAAGAGGAGCGUCUGGACUUCACAAAGAGCAGUUUGUGGACUUAUGCGAAUAUUGCUUCAACUGUUUGUGUCAGCGAUGAUGCCUCAUGUGAGAAAGUUCGUCUCUCUUUGGAGAACUGUGAAGUGGAGAAGGAUAUUAUUUCCUUCAUUAAGGAACGAGGAACUGGCCAAGAGAUCCCAGAUCCUCCCCGAUUUAUCAACUUCUGCAAGGAUGAUGAUUCGUCCUCCGAGAUAGAUGAAGCAGACGGCUACUCGGUUGCCCAGUUCCAGCGCACCAUGAAUCCAGCAUUCCGGACAUCUUCUCCCCAGCCCUCAACAUUCGAUUCACACCAUGACCCACAGUCAGACCUUGCGGCUCAAAUGGGACAUCCUGCUCCAGUAGUUAACAACGUGACGCCGUCUCGGCAGCAGCAACAGCCGCCCUUGCAGCAGCAGCCGCCAUUCAUGCAACCGCAGCCUCUCAUGCAGCACCAACCUCCAGUGCAGCAGCAGCCUCUUAUGCAACAACCGCCACCAUUGCAGCAGCAGCAGCCGCCAUUCAUGCAGUCGCAACCCCUUCUGCAGCACCAGCCUCCAGUGCAGCAUCAGACUCCUAUGCAACAACCGCCACCAUUACAGCAGGAGCCAUUUAUGCAACAGCAGCCUCUCCUGCAGCAGCAACCGCCGCGACAGCCGCAACCCCAGCAGCCCGCGCCUUUAGACUUCCGCCGUGGUGGCGCGCCGCCUCCGAACUAUGAUCCCGAGCAACACGGAGAAAUCAGUGCUGUUCCCCACAAUGCAUACCCGACAGAUGGUAUGACCAUGUUCUGUCGCGCUGGGCCACCCUCAGAGCGAAGCUCGGCAACUAGCGCGUAUCGCCCGUCUAGCCGUGACUCUCAGAGCGAAGUUUCGAACUCAACCUCUAUUUCUAGUGUUGAGGAAACGCCCACGAAGAAGUCUGUAGUGAAGCCAACAAACAGUGCACCGAUGCCAAUUUCUGGAGAUGAUAAAUCGCCGAAAAAGAAGAGCGCUUUCUUUAGCAACAGCCCAUUCCGUCGCAAGAGUCGCCAUGACAAAGAAAGACCUGUUAUUUCUUCACAACAAGUCACCUCUCCGCAGUCGGUUGCUUCACCCCACUCCGUGUCUUGUAGCGGCUGGGACUCGCCGACAAAGCAAACCAGUCCGACGAAGCAAAUGAGCCCACCCAAACAGGUCAUCAGCCCCACUAAGCCAGUGAGCCCGCCCAAGCAAAUCGUCAGCCCGCCUAAACAAGCGAGCCCACCCAAGCAAGUUAUCCCACCCACGCAGGCUAGCCCAACAAAGCAAACCAGCCCAACCAAACAAGCCAGCCCAGUCAAGCCUCCAGCAGGCCCACCGGCUCGUGUCUCUGACAGCCCCGAACCUGUUGAUCCUCGAGCAAAUUUCCAGCUCAAUGUCGGGAAUAAUGUCUUCGAUGUUGCAUCCCCAGAGGAUCGCUCGCCCAGCAAAGGAUCACAGCCAAACCCGGCGCCCGAAGAUGACUUGGAUCCUAUUGCGCAGGCUCUGGCAGACCUCAAAACAAGUGGGAAGCAGUCAGCCACUCGGGUGUCAGCAGAUAGAUAUCAUGGAAUCUCCACACCUACUCCGUCGGCGCGUUCUUCUACCUAUGGUGGUAGUAAUGCUAGUGUUGCUGCUCCUCCACCUGCAUACAAUGAUCCCGCAGCCAAGCGACUCGGUGCACCUCAGCCGGCCUUUACAGCAAAGCAAAUGCAUAAGACAACCCAGAAGUAUACUGGUCAAACCCAGAGCAUGCUUCGAGGACAAAAUAGCAGCAUGGGAUCUAGACACAGCGCUCAAACCCAAGAAGCCCCGCGAGCUAGGUCCCCAGCACCGGCAGCGAGACGCAGUGUCAGCCCUCAGCCUCAGGUUGCUUCUCCCCGUGUGGAUACUCGGAUGAGCCAGAACAGUGGCAGGGGUCCGAGCCCUAGCCCGAGUAGUUAUCAGUCUAACAGCAUGCGAAGCCAAUACAGCCAAUCGCCCACUCCCCGCCGUACUCAGGAUCCGCCCUACUCUCCGAACGAUUUUGUUCGGAGGGCCUCGCCCGCUAUGAGCCACCGUGCUGUAUCCCCGCAGCCCCAGUUCAGGCAGCAAACUCGUCCUUCUAGUUCGGGUGGCAUGGAGCUGCAGUUAUCCGGAAGCCACGAUAUGUAUGGUUCCAGCAGUCCUGGAUAUGCCGGCUCGGUUCGCGGAAGCAGCCGCCCUUCAUCGACUUAUGGUGACGGGCCGCCUAUUGGCCGAUCCCGGAGCCGCACUAUGGCUGUUGCAGAGCCUGGGCGCAAAUUCAGCCGUGAUGGCCGUCCAAUCUUGCACUUUGCUCGUGCCAUGUACACCUACAAUGCCGCCAUCCCUGAAGAGCUCAGCUUUGGCAAAGGAGAUGUCCUUGCCGUUAUCCGCCUGCAGGACGACGGGUGGUGGGAAGCUGAAGUCACCAACGCCCGUGGCCAUCCUGGUCUUGUGCCAAGCAACUAUCUGCAAAUCAUCUGA